UCGCGCAUGCGUUCUGUUUCCUCCUCGCUGCUGUAGGGGCGGCAAAGGCGGAAGUGGUCUUCUCUCGCUUUUCGGGCUGGAGAUGGAUAAAGCCACGUGUCUAUCUUCCACGCCUUCCGCCUCAUAGGGGGAUUGACGGCCUGCCAGUGGUGGAGAAGGGGAGCAGGAAGCAUGGAGCAGUUGGGAAAGUUACCGGCUGAGGAGACGUUGAAGUUCCUCCAUAAAGUAGUUGAUGGCGUCUGUGGCCGUGCAUAUCCUCGCUAUCAAGACUAUAACACUGUUUGGGAUUUGACAGAAUGGAUGGACGUUUUAGAACAAGUUGCCACAUAUUUUAAAUCCAUAGUUGGCAAAGAUCUCUCCGAUGAAGAGGCUCUUCAGCAGCUGAGUGAGCUGAGUUUUGAUUCUCAAAGAGCUGUAGUGACUUGCUUGAAAGGUAGAAAGCCCGAUAUCAGGGAUGCCCUGAUUCAGAGAACGAAUGCCAUCUCUUCUGCACAUCUGCAGGAUUUUGACUGGCAGCUAAAGCUUGCCCUGUCUAGCGAUAAGCUCUCCUUGCUGCAAAUACCGCUUCUGAAUCUUGAUCUGGAUGUGUCAGAGAGUGGAGACACGAAGCAGUACUCUGUAGAAAUGAACAAGGAAGAGCUACAAAACCUGCUCAGUGCACUGGAAGCUGCUAAUAAAGUUGUCCUGCAGUUGAAAUGAUUGGAACUGUCUGGAUGCUUUUCAGUGAUGAAGAAAUCAGCCUGCAUUCCACAGAGUUCAAGGCUUGGUGCUUUUUGAAGUCUACACAUAAAAGUGAUGGGAGGCCAAGAGCUCUAUUAAACUCUUGCCGAGAGUCUCACUCCUGAUCUUCACUGAACCACAGUAAACGAAAAGUGCAUUAGAGCUAAUUUAUGGCCGCUGAAACCCACCUUUGAGACUGUGCUGUAGCAUCUGCAAGAAGUCUCCAGUACCAAGUUUAAAAGCUAAUUGGAGACCCUGGACAUAUAUUGACCACGUUGCUGCCUGCUGGUGGCGCAAGAAGACAAAAGUUAAAUGUGAACAGCCCUUGUCUGUUUUGCCCAACGUGUAUAUGUGUAAAUUAUGGAUCAGGGCUGCAAGACAGUUUUCAUAGAAAAAAGCCAAUAAACUGCACCGGAAAUGA